AUGGGUUUUUAUUAUUUUAGGUUCGACGAGUUCAAGACGCAACUGCUCCCAAGUCCAACCUCAGGGUGCCUACGUAUCUUUCGCAGGAAUCAAGCCACUUGUAGUUCAAAGAUUUGCAAUGAGGAUUCAAAUUUGAUUGCUGUUGCGUCUAUUGGGAUGCUAGACUGCCUACGUACCAUUGACGGGAUCAAACUGACGUAG